UCUUCACCGCUCUACAUGGAGAUAGUUGGCAGCAUCUCCCAUUCGGUGAUGAGCCUACCCCAGAAUCGGCCCAAUACCACAUCGUAAAACCCUUCCUAAACCCCAAACCGAUUUUUGCUAGUUCUACUCUCUCUCUCUCUCUCUCUCUCUCUCUCUCUGCGUUGCAACAUUCGCUCGAUCGUCAUGGCCUGUCGUUUACUUCGACCCCUGCGCAGAACCCUUCUCUCUCCUCUCCGUUCUCACUCCAAAACCCUAGUUCCUCACCAACAACAACCCUCUUUCUCGCUCCGUACUUACGUAACUGAGAUGCGGAAAUCGGCCUUCGAAGGAAACAUUCUCAGACUCCUCCGCAACGAGAUCCAGUACGAACUCGACCGCUCCCCUCCCUUUCAGCCUGUUCCCGAGUUCAAUUCAUUUUCAGUCGAUGAAAGGCCGGGAGAGCAGUGGAUAAGGUUGAAUAAGAAUUUCGGGGAGAAUGAAGAGAUUAAAGUGGAAGUUACAAUGUUUGAUGGCUCUGUCCCUGUUAAAAAAACUGGCAACUUAACCACAGAAGAAGAUGUGACGCUUCACAUUACACUUAUUGUUGACAUCUUUAAGGGGGAAGGGAGUAAGGUAUUGGAGUUUGUAUGCUCAGCAUGGCCAGAUAGCAUAGAGAUUCAGAAAGUUUUCAUGCGCGGUCGUGAUCAGAUGGCGGGUCUGCCUUACACGGGUCCUGGAUUCAAGGAACUGGAUGAUGAGCUGCAAAAUUCGCUUUACGAGUUCUUGGAAGGAAGGGGUGUAAAUGAUGACCUUGCUGUUUUCUUGCAUGGAUUUAUGAAGAACAAAGAUAAAACAGAGUUUAUUCGGUGGAUGGGUACCGUUAAGUCUUUCAUAGAAAAGAAAUAGAGGGUUUGGUUCUGCUUUGUUGUGACUUAAAUUCUUUUUUUACCGUAAUUAAUUGCGGAUGAAGGGAUAUGUCAGUUUCAGCUUUGUAGCUGCAGAGAGAAAAAUGCAAGUUUAAGUCAAUGAGAGUGAAAGUGGGAUGAUUUUAAGAUUUGUGUAUAUCUUGUUGAAAUUGAAUCAGAUUUCUUGUUUCAAUACUAAAGGUGGAAUGGUGGUUAUAUUUCCUUUGUACGCCUGAAUGGAUCGUAGGCAGUGUAUGUCAAAGUGAUGGAUAAGAGAUGUAAAUCAAACUAAGCUUUCUGUCA